AGUGUGCAACCAUCAAUUGUAUGGAUCAUCAACAAUUUUUGUGCAGAAAAAUAAGCAUGUCUGCUUUCUCCGGGAGGAUACGCGAUCUCUCAGGACUUAUUGUGUCUCCAGCCGUGGAGAACACUCUCUCAGAUGGGGUGGAGGAUGAACACAAAGAUAUGAGGAGGUGUACAAGACGUGCUGUAGCCUGUGACCCAGACAGACGACCAGCCUCUGAGCCGGUCUGACUCUGAACCUCAUCAGCAGGGUUGCCAGGUGAAUUUAAUUCUCCACUGUAGGUCAAGUUCACGAGCCGAUGGCAUAUUCCUCGGUCGAGUGGAACUCGGGCCUCUUGGACUGUUGUGACAGCGUCACGACCUGUUGCUAUGGUUUCUGGUGCUGCCCGUGCCUCGCCUGCUCGGUUUCGGCGCAGUUUGGAGAGAACCGCUGCUUCCCGCUGUGUGACAUCUUCAGCCCGGCCAUCACGUCGGCCAUCGGACUGCCUCUGUGUGCGCCUCCUGCCGGCUUGUCUCUACGGGUCGGCAUUCGAAACAGAUAUAACAUCAAGGGCUCUGCCUGUAAGGACGUAGCGACUUCCUGUUUCUGCUCCUGGUGCUCCUGGUGUCAGAUGCAUCGAGAGUUAAAACAUCGCAAGGAAAACAACGCCGUCGUCGUCAACAUGCAGCCUCCUCCGGUGAUGAUGUCUCCCGGAUACCCGAAUCAACAAGGAUACUGAACCUAAUUGGUGUGCUCUGUCUUCCAAAAGAAAAUGUUAUUGAGCUCAGAUCUACUGUCUGUAGUAGUAGACUUUGUUUUGACAGUGUUUUUACAACAUUUUAAUCAUUUUUAAAUCUUAGCUCGCCGGAUAAAUGUCAGUCCCAUAAUGAUACACUCGUGAUAAUCAUGGGAUACUAUGGUGGAAGAUGUAAAGUUCUCAAGAUGAAGGAUGAGGAGGAAAUUCAAAGUGUGUGCUGUGCGUCUUGUAACGUGUGUCUGUUGCUGCUUUAUGUUCUUUGUCAUUAAAACACAGCGAGUCGUGUUUUGUAGCCAAA